AUGACAGGUCUGUGUAAGUACUAAAGUAGGAAAUAUUCUCAGUGGUGUCAUUUCCAUUUACUUAGCAUUUGAAGAAAAUGAUAACAAGUGAUAUUUAUUAAUGUAAUUAUACUUCUAAAUAUCUGAUGAAUUUCAUAAUAUAUAAAUAUCAUUGACUCGUCUCGGACGGUGGAUCAUACUCAGAUAGUCCUAGUAACAUUGAUCAUGGGACUGCCGGGUUAUUCUCUGGAUAUAUCCAUGAAGGUUACGUCUGUCAAUUUCUCUAAAGAAAAUAGGGACUGGUAGUAACAUUUAAUCUGACCGAGUGAUGAAUGAGUGAAGCACAACACUAUGACCUCGGCAAUGAGUUACUCCAGUGAAGCAAAGCAACUGGUGGUGGAUGAAGCAGCAGCCACCGGAAUACUCCAGCAUCUGAACAAAGAUGAUUUACAGAGUCUGCUGGAUGACAAUGCCAAGUUAGACAGCUUAAUACAGGAUUUACAGCAGGUGAAAAAUAUUCAGACAGACAGAGAAAUGAUGUUAGCCAAAAACAAAAGCAUGGCAGAGAUGAAUUUGUCAUUCCAAAAUCGGCUGGAAAACACAAAGAGUGAAGUAGCGAGGGCAUACGAGGAUGCAAAUAAGAUGAAAAUCAAUCUGGCACAGGAUAAAUCUAGAAUAGACUCUCAUGCCAGUCGACUUUUGCCAGACACUGCUCUAGCCUUGUUGCAGACAGCUGCUGCCUCUUCAGAAGAGAGUGCUGAGCAAUUUGCAGAGCAGUUUUGUGAUAAUAAGAUAAAUGUAGAGUCCUUCUUGGAAAAUUAUUUGCCUGUAAGAACAGUUGCUCACCUAAGACAAGUAAAAGUAAAGAAACUGUCAGAACUAAUGAAUUCAGGGCUUUCGCAGAGGACAGGGCUUUCACAGAGGACAGCUGUACCAAAUAGCCCCUCAACAAACAGUUUCUCCAACGUGAGCAAUUUGCCCUAUCCCAGUGGUAAUUUUGCUAUGCCACAACCAGCAAUGUAUCCAAGAUAAUGAUUGUGAAUUGUAAAACCAAAGGGCAUACAAUAAAACUUUUCUACACCCAUUCAUUCACAAUGUUUGCUGUAAAUUAAUGGAUAUUUUGCCAUAUGAAGUGCUGACACUGAACAAUGCAAAAUUAAAUGUUUUAUAUUCUGUUGUGGUCUGAUGUAGUUGAGCUUUCAUAGAAUAGUGAUCUGCCAAAUUAGGAAAACAUGCUUAUAAACAGGAUUAUAUUGCAAUAUUUAUAAUGACUGAUUUAAAAAGUGUGGGAGAGGUAUAACCAUUUAUAUGAAUUGUCAGGUGUCUGUCCAACUUUGUGACCAGGCAAUAACCCGGGUAAUUCUGUAAUGGAGAAACUCAUGCUUAACAUGAAGGUUGCACAUGACCUGAAGGUAUGUCAUGGCUGGUAUUCAAAGGCUGCAUUUAUGAUGAUAGUGGCUCAACAAGCUGCUUUCACAAAGAUGUUGGCUCAGCAAACUGCUGUCUUGGAUAUUAUACAUACUUGUAUAGAUCUUUAUUGAACAAAACACUUGAUUAGCCUUUACCCUUCUGGUUAUAGAUAAAUCUCCCUUACAAGGAAGUUAUAGAUAAAUAUCUCCCUUAUAAGGAAGUUAUAGAUAAAUAUCUUCCUUACAAGGAAGUUAUAGAUAAAUAUCUCCCUUACAAGGAAGUUAUAGAUAAAUAUCUUCCUUACAAGGAAGUUAUAGAUAAAUAUCUCCCUUAUAAGGAAGUUAUAGAUAAAUAUCUCCCUUACAAGGAAGUUAUAGAUAAAUAUCUCCCUUACAAGGAAGUUAUAGAUAAAUAUCUCCCUUACAAGGAAGUUAUAAUUAAAUGUGAAUUCAGGCUGCAGAUAUGUUUAUGAAUAUAUUCAAAUACAUUUGAAUUUCGGUACCUCGAAUACCAUAUUUCGAAGUGAGUUGGAAGUCCUACUACAUAUUCUACAUGUAUUUUAACCCCAAUAUAUCAAACCCUUAGAUAUCUCGAAGUUUUUCCCGGCCCCAUUGAGUUAGAGAUAAUGCGGUUUGAAUGUAAUUGAAACACAUGAAGAAAACGGUUCCGAAUUAUGUAGAAAUGUGAUGAAGUGAAAGUGUAACCAAGGUUGCCAUCGUGCAUAACAAUUACUGGUUUGCUUUCCUUGUGAAGGGGCUAGGCUAGAUUAUCAUUCAACUUUGUAGCACUAUACCUGACCUUGAGGAACCACUUCGAUCUUCAUGCGGCGUUAGUAAUGAGAAUUUUUCAAGGUCAGAUAUGUCCAAGUUUGAACAUGACUUGUGGGGAAAUAAAUCUUGUUAGGACAGCUCUUUUGAAAGUACUGGUACUCUUAAUUAACAAAUUAAUCAAGUACAUAACUAACUAAAGUACUGGUAAAAUACUGUUAUUUACACGACAUAAUUCUUGGUGAUAACCGUUUUGUUUUAUUUUUAUUACAAAUUAUAUACACUUAUUUCUCCAAUUUAUACAAAGCUACAUUUUUGUGAUGUCUUAAAAUAAAUAUUGUACAAGUUUGA